AUGGAUAUCGAACAAUCAGUAAUCGACAUGUAUGAAGAAUUUAUGAACAACAUUUCAAAUGAUAUUAAUGUUCAAUCAGCAUCAAGUGUAUCAAUGGAACAAAAUUUAAAUAAUAAUAUAGAAAAUCAUAAUGAUCAUAGUGAUGGUAGUACUAAUGGUGCUACUAAUAUUAAUGGUAAUCAUAAUGAUGCUAUUAAUCGUAAUAAUAAUGGUAAUCAUAGUAAUUGUGUUAAUCGUGAUGAUAUUGCUAAUCAUAAUGAUAGUUUAAAUCCUAAUAAUAAUGAAAUUAAUCAUCAUUCUCUUAAUCAUAAUAUUAAUGCUAAUAUAUCUGGUAAUAUAAACAAUAGUAUUAAUCAAAAUAAUAAUAGUAAUACAAAUAACAUAAUUAAUCGAGAUCAAAAUGAAGAAACAGCAGAAGAUAUUGUUGAAAUCAUCAAUAUACAAAAUAAUGUUCACGUGAAAGUUUUAAGAGAUUAUGGAAUAGCUGUAGGAAAUACCAACUCCAAUAUGUGGAGUCGACGUGAACUCCAUGUUGCUCAGGAUGAUGUUCAUAUCAAAUUAACAUUAUGGAAUGAUCAGGCAAAAAAAAUUUCAGGAACAAUAAUCAAUAAAUAUUUAAAAUUAAAAAAUGUUAAAGUUGAUUGGUUUAAUGGUUCACGUACACUCAUUUCUAUGCCAAAUACACGUGUGGCUAUUGUUUAA